ACCUACAGCUGUGAAUUGUGUGGAAAGUCUUUUACCGAGGCUAGACACUUAAAAAAACACCAACUCAUCCACAGUGGAGUUAAACCUUACAGCUGUGAAUUGUGUGGAAAGUCUUUUACCGAGGCUAGACACUUAAAAAAACACCAACUCAUCCACAGUGGAGUUAAACCUUACAGCUGUGACUUGUGUGGAAAGUCUUUUACCGAGGCUGGAAGCUUAAAAAAACACCAACUCAUCCACAGUGGAGUUAAACCUUACAGCUGUGACUUGUGUGGAAAGUCUUUUACCCAGGCUGGAAACUUAAAAAAACACCAACUCAUCCACAGUGGAGUUAAACCUUACAGCUGUGAGUUGUGUGGAAAGUCUUUUACCCAGGCUGGAGACUUAAAAAGACACCAAUUCUUCCACAGUGGAGUUAAAGCAUACAGCUGUGUCUUGUGUGGAAAGUCUUUUACCGAGGCUAGACACUUAAAAAAACACCAACUCAUCCACAGUGGAGUUAAACCUUACAGCUGUGACUUGUGUGGAAAGUCUUUUACCCAGGCUGGAAGCUUAAAAAAACACCAACUCAUCCACAGUGGAGUUAAACCUUACAGCUGUGAGUUGUGUGGAAAGUCUUUUACCCAGGCUGGACACUUAAAAAGACAUCAACUCUUCCACAGUGGAGUUAAAGCGUACAGCUGUGAGUUUUGUGGAAAGUCUUUUACCGAGGCUGGAGACUUAAAAACACACCAACUCAUCCACAGCGGAGUUAAACCUUACAGCUGUGACUUGUGUGGAAAGUCUUUUACCCAGGCUGGAAGCUUAAAAAAACACCAACUCAUCCACAGUGGAGUUAAACCUUACAGCUGUGACUUGUGUGGAAAGUCUUUUACCCAGGCUGGAAGCUUAAAAAAACACCAACUCAUCCACAGUGGAGUUAAACCUUACAGCUGUGAGUUGUGUGGAAAGUCUUUUACCCAGGCUGGAAACUUAAAAACACACCAACUCAUCCACAGCGGAUUUAAACCUUACAGCUGUGAGUUGUGUGGAAAGUCUUUUACCCAGGCUGGAGACUUAAAAAGACACCAACUCUUCCACAGUGGAGUUAAAGCGUACAGCUGUGACUUGUGUGGAAAGUCUUUUACCCAGGCUGGGCACUUAAAAAGACACCAACUCUUCCACAGCGGAUUUAAACCUUACAGCUGUGAGUUGUGUGGAAAGUCUUUUACCCAGGCUGGAGACUUAAAAAGACACCAACUCUUCCAUAGUGGAGUUAAAGCGCACAGCUGUGACUUGUGUGGAAAGUCUUUUACCCUGGCUAAAACCUUAAAAAGACACCAACUCAUCCACAAUGGAGUUAAACCUUUCAGCUGUGAGUUGUGUGGAAAGUCUUUUACCCAGGCUGGAGACUUAAAAAGACACCAACUCUUCCACAGUGGAUUUAAAGCGUACAACUGUCACUUGUGUGGAAAGUCUUUUACCCAGGCUGGACACUUAAAAAGACACCAACUCUUCCACAGCGCAUUUAAACCUUACAGCUGUGACUUGUGUGAAAAAUCUUUUACCCAGGCUGGAGACUUAAAAAGACACCAACUCUUCCACAGUGGAGUUAAACCUUACAGCUGUGACUUGUGUGGAAAGUCUUUUACCCUGGCUAAAACCUUAAAGACACACCAACUCAUCCACAUGCUGUUUGAGGCUGAUGAGGGUAACCAGGCCCUAGAGCAGUUCGAUGUCUUGACGGGGUUAGUUGAAAUACAGAAUCCUAAGCCGUACAUCAUCAUUGCUCUGAGUAAUGACACCAAACAUGAUAUCACCUUGACAAGGAAGACGGCCCUGGGCAUAGCUGGACUGGCCAUCGGAUUCAGUAACAUUAGCAAGUGGUUGAGGCCAGCAGAUGCAACACGCUGGCAGGUGGAUGAUGGAAAGGCAGAAGGAGAAGAGACCCGAGGUGGUGAACUGAACUUCAGUCCAGCCCUGGCCCUGGGCACCUUACAGCCGGUUGAACGUAUUGUGGAGGUCGAGGCCUCAAACGAGUGCCCACCUGCAAUAACAGUUCGUGAGAUAAUGGUGGAGUCAGCUGGACCUCUCCCAAUGUCGUGGUAUCCGCCAGUGAAUCUUGAUCAUUUAGAGGAGGAACAAAAAGAGAUUGUCCAGAGAAUGUUGUUUGAUGAGUGCAGGGUCUUUGCGUGGGAUGGGAAUGAUAUUGGUUGUAAUGCUGAUCUGAAAAUGGUGAUAAACCUAAAGGAUGACAUACCAGUGCAGAGAGCAUAUACUUCCAUACCUAAGCUGCUGCUACGGGAGGUUAAAGAAUACGUGCAAGACAUCCUGAUGAAAGGAUGA